UCUAAUGUUUACAGAAUGAAGAGGAACAGUUUAUCUGUUGAGAAUAAAAUUGUCCAGUUGUCAGGAGCAGUGAAACAGCCAAAAGUUGGGUUCUACUCUUCUCUCAACCAGACUCAUACGCACACGGUUCUUCUAGACUGGGGGAGUUUGCCUCACCAUGUAGUAUUACGAAUUUUUCAGUAUCUUCCUUUACUAGAUAGGGCCCAUGCAUCUUCUGUGUGUAGGAGAUGGAAUGAAGUUUUUCAUAUUCCUGACCUUUGGAGAAAGUUUGAAUUUGAACUGAACCAGUCAGCUACUUCAUAUUUUAAGUCCACUCAUCCUGAUCUCAUUCAGCAGAUCAUUAAAAAGCAUUCUGCUCAUCUUCAGUAUGUCAGCUUUAAGGUUGACAGUAGCGCUGAGUCAGCAGAAGCUGCCUGUGAUAUACUCUCUCAGCUGGUAAAUUGUUCCAUCCAGACCUUGAGCUUGAUUUCAACAGCCAAGCCAAGUUUCAUGAAUGUGUCAGAGUCUCAUUUUGUGUCAGCACUUACAGUUGUUUUUAUCAACUCAAAAUCAUUAUCAUCAAUCAAAAUUGAAGAUACACCAGUGGAUGAUCCUUCAUUGAAGAUUCUUGUGGCCAAUAAUAGUGACACUCUAAGACUCCUAAAAAUGAGUAGCUGUCCUCAUGUUUCAUCUGAUGGAAUUCUUUGUGUAGCUGAUCAUUGUCGAGGCCUUAGAGAACUGGCGUUGAAUUAUUACAUCCUAACUGAUGAACUUCUCCUUGCACUCUCAAGCGAGACUCAUGUUAACCUUGAACAUCUCCGAAUUGAUGUUGUGAGUGAAAAUCCUGGACAGAUUAAAUUUCAUCCUAUUAAAAAACACAGUUGGGAUGCACUUAUUAAACAUUCCCCUAGGGUUAAUGUUGUUAUGUACUUCUUUCUAUAUGAAGAGGAAGUUGAGACGUUCUUCAAAGAAGAAACCCCUGUUACUCACCUUUAUUUUGGUCGUUCAGUCAGCAAAGCGGUUUUAGGACAGGUAGGUCUCAACUGUCCUCGACUGAUUGAGUUAGUGGUGUGUGCUAAUGGUCUUCAGCCUCUUGAUAAUGAACUUAUUUGUAUUGCUGAACACUGUACAAACCUAACAGCCUUGGGCCUCAGCGAAUGUGAAGUUAGCUGCAGUGCCUUCAUCAAGUUUGUAAGACUGUGUGGGAGAAGGCUAACACAGCUCUCUAUAAUGGAGGAAGUUUUGAUCCCUGAUGAGGAUUAUAGCCUAGAUGAAAUUCACACUGAAGUCUCCAAAUACCUGGGAAGAGUAUGGUUCCCUGAUGUGAUGCCUCUCUGGUAA